GAUCGAAUGCUAUCGAUCAUGUUAAUGUAUAAUACAUCCACCAUUGUCAUCAGUGAAUUACUAUUUCACAACUGACCCAACUGAACUCCACUGAUCUAGUGCUUUCAGGUUUUUUAUGGUAGUCUAGCUUCAGUUGAUUCAUAUAAAUAAAAAGCAAAAUAUGGAAAAUCAAAAAAACGAACAAACAAAUAAACAACUAAACAAACAGAUGAUUAUACUAUUGUAAACUGACCAAUAAGAAAAUUUCCCAUAAAAUAAAAUAUUAAUUUCGGUUAAAUAGGGAAUGUUUUUAUGUUUAUUUGUUAAAAAAAAAGAACAAACAAAUAGAAGAGAAUAUAAAUAGAAAGUAAUUAAAGGAUAAUUUUGAGUUGAACAAAAGAAGAUUAUUGUGAAAUAUAAUAAAUAGGAAAAUACACAAUAGAACUUGAAACAGUCUUGGUUCAGAUAAUUAACAAAGUACGCAAAUAAAAAUGAAAACACAAUUAUCUGAAUUAUUCACUAUAAUGGUGUUAACUAUUUUGAUCUUAUCAUUGGUUAACGUAUAUAGUUUAUCUGAAGAACAAAAUUCUCAUAAACAGUUCUAUGAUCCACUUUAUGAAUACAGUGACUACAUCAAUCGGGAGAUAAUUCCAAACAAACGUUAUAUUAGAUUUGGAAAACGAGGAGCUGAUGAUGUUAUGAAUUACGGUGGUAUUCCAGCAUUAACACGGCAUAAAACCUACUCUAUAUAUGAUCUCUUAAAAGAAAGACAAUAGAAUUAAUAAUUAAUGCGUUUUUGUUUCUUUUUUCUAUUAAAAGAAGAAAAGAGUUUUAUUAAGAAGACAAGACAAAAUCUGUGUCAAUAUUUCACUUUCUGAACUAAUUGUGACUUAUACUUUCCUUAUAAAAAAAUACUACUGAACAUCAUAUACAUGAGACUUGUACUUUUUUAUUUUCAUCUUUAUUAGGUCUGAAAGUAACAACAUCAUAAGGUAAGCAUACGAAACCAGUAAGUGAAAAGUCAAUGAUUAUUGAGUUCCAUUCCAGUAACCAGUAAUGGAUGAAAUUUAUCGAUUGAUAUCGAAACUAUUCAUCGUUAAAAAAUAUUUGAAAUAAAUAUUAGGUUCCUAAGAGAAACCAGUAAAGCUUCUUGGUUUACAAGAAAUCAAGUUUACUGUUUACCUAUUAAAAAAUUUCAUCUUUAUGAAUCUCUCAGAUCUCUUCAUUUAAAUCUUAGGAUAAAAGAAAAUAUAUAAACAUUUUGUUUACUGUUUCAAGGAUCACUUCAAACUAGUAAUAUCAUCGUUAAUAAUACUGAGUGUGUUUUAUUAUACAUCAUUUAAUCAAACAUAUUGUUAUACAUAUUUGAACGUGACUAAAAAUAAAAGGAAGAUUUCUCUUAUUUUCUCUAUCCAAAAGUCACGAUUUAUUUGAAGUUAUGAAUCUUAACAAAUCACUUCACUUAGUUUUUGUUCAAAAAUUGAUGAU